GGGGCUCCAGCCCUCAGGAGGCAGGGCGUUCUUCCCCCUGCACGAUGACAUCAUGUGUUUGGGGCUGAGUCGCUCCAUAAAAGCGGCCGGGGGAGCCAGGAGCGGACGUGCUCGUCCCAGCACCGGCACGGGGCAGAGCGCACGCGGUGCCUGUGCGCGGCAGGACCGCCGAGAUGGCCCGGAGCAGCCUGCACGGGGCCGCCAUCCUCCUGCUGCUGAUCUUAAAGGAGCAACCCGCCAGCCCAGCCUCACCGAACGGAUCCAAGUGGACCUAUUUUGGUCCUGACGGAGAGGAGAGCUGGUCCAGUAAGUACCCAUCGUGUGGGGGCCUGCUGCAGUCCCCGAUAGACCUGCACAGUGACAUCUUCCAAUACGAUGCUAGCCUCGCACCCCUCGAGUUCCAAGGCUACAAUGUGUCUGCCAACCAGGAGUUUCUCCUGACCAAUAAUGGCCAUUCAGUGAAACUGAACCUGGUCCCGGGCAUGCACAUCCAGGGCCUCCCGUCCCGCUACAGUGCCACGCAGCUCCACCUGCACUGGGGGAACCCAAGCAACCCCCAGGGCUCUGAACACACCGUCGGUGGGAGGCACUUCGCCGCAGAGCUGCACAUUGUCCAUUACAACUCAGACCUGUACCCCAAUGCCAGCGCUGCCAGCGACCAGUCGGAAGGCCUUGCCGUGCUCGCAGUUCUCAUUGAGAUGGGCUCCUUCCAUCCCUCCUAUGACAAGAUCUUCAGUCACCUUCAACAUGUAAAGUACAAAGGCCAAGAAGUGUCCGUCCCAGGCUUCAACAUCGAAGAACUGCUCCCCGAGAGGCCUGCUGAGUACUACCGCUAUAAGGGGUCCCUGACCACACCUCCCUGCUACCCCACCGUGACCUGGACAGUUUUCCGAAACCCUGUGCAAAUUUCUCAGGAGCAGCUGAUGGCUCUGGAGACAGCUCUGUACUGCACAGGCCUGGACGACCCUUCCCCCAGAGAAAUGAUUGACAACUUCCGGCACGUGCAGAAGUUUGACGAGAGGUUGGUGUAUAUCUCCUUCCAACAAGUGGAAAUCCUUACGGGCACAGGACUGAGUCUGGGCAUCAUCCUCUCCGUGGCCCUGGCUGUUGUUCUUGGCGUCUGUGUUAUCCUGGCAGUGUCCAUCUGGCUUUUCAGAAGGAAAAAGAGGUGACAAAAAAGGUGACAACAACAAAGGCGUCAUUUACAAACCAGCCAUCGAGAAGGAAACUGAGGUUCAUGCCUGAGGUCCCUGGAACUCCCAGGCACAUCCAGGGAAGGACCUUGCUUUGGACACUACAUACUUUGGCUCUCUGGACACUCGAGACACCUCAAGGUGUUCUCUGGAGCUCAACCUGCAAAUACCCCAGGCCUCAGGGACUCCCCAGCUGGGUGCCCCCUCACCCUGGCACCAUGGCCACCCCCAGUGAGAUCCAUGGAUGAGAUGAGCUUUCAGACCAAGAGGCAGGAACUCUGAGCUGUUUGCUCUAUUUGUGUGAGAUUGUUCAGUUUCUGGAUUCUGAGGUCACAAACCAAGCCACCUGCUGGUGGGCUGUUACUGAUUGGAAAACUUUCAUCCAGGACUUCACUCAAGCAUACUCCCAAGUGUCCUAGAAAUUCAGCUUAUCCUCCAAGCUUUCAAACCAGAACGUGCAAAUUCUGCUUAGGUUUUGCUCCUGAAACUCAAGUUCUUUCCUCAGGAGAAGGGUUGUCUCCCUCUGAUUUCCUUCUGCUCUGACAAAACCUGACUUCAUAACUCAGGGUAAAAAUGAAUUGAGACAGGAAAGGUCAAGAGUGAGAGAGAAAACAAGAGAUACACCUUGUACUAUAUCAGGGGCACUUCCACAGCCCCAUCCUCUGGGCUAGGGACGCUGAAUAGGCCUUAGAGAAAGGCAAUUUCAAGUUCCAUUUCUUGGUGGGGAUGAGAAGGAGGGAGUGGGAGAGAGAGAGAAAGAAUGAGAAGAUGUACGGUUGGGAAAAGUCUCACUUUGGAAUCAGAAUUGGAAUUAUGUGGUAUUUAUCUAGUCAUAACGGGAGACGGACAGAAUGACAGAUUGUUAAGUCCCAACACAACUUCCUUUCAGGGGGGCCAUUUGGUUAUACACUCUACAGAUUUCAUAAAUAAUUAGGUCGUUACUAUAAAACGUGGUUUUGCUCUCUCUUCCCCCCUAGAGUAGCUGUGAGCUCUGAGAUGAUCCAAUCUGCUUUUGAAUCUGGAGGAACUAGGCAGACAGAAUGAUUAUAGAGCUUCAUCUCUUUUGUCCAAAUUUCAUUUCUGCCACUUCUGCAGUAUCCCUCUUGCCAAGCUGGAUUUGAGACUUAUUUACUGCUCUCUCUUUGAGGAUGUCAAAUUGUAGUUUAAUUAAAACAAAUUUUCAAGCUCUAAGAGCAGCCGGUCAUCUGUGCAGAGGCUGGCAUCAUCACCAUAGUAACCAAAUGACACUAACGUACCCUUGUGUUCUCUCCCACAAGUCACACAGAGAGUUUCUGCAAAGGCUUAACUUCAUUUCCUUCCUGUAGAUGUGAAGGUCUCAUGGAAAUCAGUUACUUCCGUGACUAAGGAGCCUCUCCCCUAACCCCUAAUAGCUGGCACCUUGCAGUUCAUAGAGAACUUUGUAAUUCACCAUCUCAUUGUGACAGCGUGGAAUGUCCCCUUGAAGCCUACAUUUCUUCGUAUUUUUCUCCUUCUACUCCUCCCUCCCACUCUGAGAAUUUUCUCUGCUAUCACAAAAUUUCAUAAUGAUGGCAAGUCCUACGUCUUGGUAGCCAGUUUUGCUAGGCAAAGUCACAAGUGACCUAGUGGGGCUCAGAUGUUGUGCAUAUAGACAAGUUUGUGGACGCGUGCACAAGCCCUUGGCGGUCUUGCAGCCUGGAGUGGCAGUCCAGUCUUGUCAUUAGCAUGCCUGAUGUAUAAUUUAACAACAGCUCCAGGCCAAGCAUCAUGCAUUACAUGGUUUCUUGGCCUUGGUCCAAAAUUGUCAAUCAGAGACCAAUAUCAACCGCUCCAGAGCAGUAGAACUAUUUUUCAAAACUCUGCAUACCUUUUAUGGAUGAGUUUUGUGAGAGAACAGAGAGGCACAAGGGCUGUUCAUAAAAAGGUGA